CCGUCCCUGGCGUUCUCCUCCUCCGCGAGGAAGCGAUCGUGUUUCUCCUCCUUGUCUCUUAUUCUUUUCUUUUCUUUUCUUUUCUUUCUUUCUUUUUUUUUUGUUUUGUUUUUACGGGAAGGACUAGGGACCAGCGGCGGCGCUUGGAAAUAGAGAGGGUGCGGUUGUUAUGAACUCAUUCAAAGCCUCCAAUUGCUCUCUCCCUCCUCUUAUUCGCUUCCUCUCCUCCCAUGGACGAAGAGCCUCUCCGCGCCCGGGAAUUCUUGGGGUUUUCACCCCCCGAUCUCGUCUCUUCUCAGGACCCUCAUCUAAUACAUUCAUGGAAGUUGUCAAAACAGUUCUUAUGCAAGCUUCAGCAACUAAUGAACGUGUUGCUAUAAGAGCCGAACAGAAGAGUUAUGGCUAUCUUCAACUCGGUGCAUCUGCAUUGAACGUUUCCAACUUAUUGCACAACAAAUAUGUUAAAGGCACCAAUGGAAUGAGAUACCUUGAUGGAGCUCGGGUAGGAAUUGUGGCUAAACCUUCUGCUGAAUUUGUUUCUGGGAUUCUAGGAACUUGGCUUUGUGGAGGUGUUGCAGUUCCACUUGCACUGAGCUACCCAGAAGCAGAGCUUUUUCAUGUGAUGAAUGAUUCGGACAUUUCCAUGAUUCUGAGCACUCAAGAGCAUCAACAACUUUUGGAGAAUGUGGCUGCUAAAUGUUCUUCUCAUUUAUCUCUUAUUCCUGCCAUCACCAGCAUGGAGCAGUCAGGUAGUGCAGCAGACAACAUGGUUGCCAAGUUGAUUGGGGAAAUCGAGGAUUCAAGAAUAGCUGAAGGAGAUGACCCUGCUCUGAUUCUUUAUACGAGUGGUACAACUGGUAAACCAAAAGGUGUAGUGCACACAUACAAAAGCAUAAUUUCUCAGGUCCAAAUUCUGACAGAGGUAUGGGAAUAUACAUGUUCGGAUCGGCUUCUUCAUUGUCUACCCUUACACCAUGUGCAUGGUCUCUUUAAUGCCUUACUUGCACCUCUUUAUGCGGGAGCUGUGGUUGAGUUCAUGCCAAAGUUUAGUGUUCAUGGUGUGUGGCAGAGGUGGCAGGAAUCAUACCCAAAAGAUGGAAGUAUAGCAGAUGAUGCUAUUACUUUGUUUACAGGAGUUCCAACGAUGUAUACUCGACUGCUACAAGGCUAUGAAAAAAUGGACCUAGAUCUACAAGUAGCUUCUGCUUCUGCUGCAAGUAAAUUACGUCUCAUGAUGUGUGGGUCAUCAGCACUUCCAUAUCCAGUCCUGAAACAGUGGGAAGAAAUAACAGGUCAUCGUCUUUUGGAGCGUUAUGGCAUGACUGAGUUUUUCAUGGCAUUAUCCAAUCCCUUGCAUGGUAUUCGGAAGGAGGCCACAGUUGGCAAAGCUCUUCCUCGAGUAGAGGUCAAGAUUAUUCCAGAAGAUGGGAGUGCAACUGGAACAACCGAAGUGGGUGAGCUUUGUGUUAGAAGUCCUUCACUGUUUAAGGAAUACUGGAAGCAGCCUAAGAUAACAAAGGAAUCAUUUAUUGAUGGUGGAUUUUUCAAGACUGGCGAUACAGUUAUGGUGGAUGAGGACGGAUACUAUAUAAUCUUGGGACGUACGAAUGCUGAUAUCAUGAAAGUUGGUGGUUAUAAGCUCUCAGCACUAGAGAUUGAAGCAGUGCUUUUAGAGCACGAGGUUGUCUCAGAGUGCUGCAUUCUGGGCUUACCUGACAAGGCCUAUGGUGAAGUUGUAUGCGCUAUAAUCGUGCCUCAGCCAGAUGCAAGGAGAAGGUCAGAGCAAGAACUGAAACCGGCUAUUAGCUUAGAGGAACUGCAGAAUUGGUCCAAGGAGAAACUAGCUCCAUACAAGAUUCCAACAAAAUUGUUCUUAUGGGAUUCCCUUCCUCGAAAUGCCAUGGGAAAGGUGAACAAAAAGGCGCUGAAAAAAUUACUAGAAGGACAGUGAUGAUGAUGUUUCUAGGGUCAUAGUCUGGAGGCUACAAUUUGGUCAGAUAUGCUUGUAAAAGAAAUAUAGCUAUAAAUACAGUUAAAUAGUUAAUUGCCCAUCCGCUUGGUUUAACUUGAUAGGAAAAUCAUUUUUUUAUGAAGAAGAAAUUUAUAAUAAAAAAUUUUAUAAGCAAUGCC